AUGUUCAGUUCUACUAUUUUCUUUGCUAUCUCUGUUACCUGUGUUCUAGCUAAUAACAAUGAGAUUAAGGAUGGCGGUUCAGAUAGAGGAGCUCACAGCGACAGGGCUGGCCUGUGGUUCGGUCCCAGACUCGGGAAACGAUCCUUAAGGAUAUCCACUGAAGACAACAGACAAGCAUUCUUUAAAUUACUGGAAGCAGCAGACGCAUUAAAAUACUACUACGACCGAUUACCUUACGAGAUGCAAGCGGACGAGCCAGAAACCAGAGUUACAAAAAAAGUGAUAUUUACUCCUAAAUUGGGAAGAAGUUUGGCUUAUGAUGACAAAGUUUUUGAGAAUGUUGAGUUCACACCGCGAUUGGGAAGGCGGUUGUCCGACGAUAUGCCAGCUACUCCGGCUGAUCAAGAACUGUAA